GGAACCUUGUCGUCCCUUCGCGCCAAAAACCAAUCUGAACCUGCGUCAUCUUGCCGGUGCCCCAGCGCAUGUCCAAUGUCUAAAUCAAUAAUCGUCGAGAGAAAUUAUUCCGCCUGAACCACAACAGCGGCCUCAAUCAGACACAACGCGAAUACGUACGUACCAAGAAACUCAAAACAAUGAAUGACCCACGCCUCAACAACCUGCUCAAAUGGAGCAUCGAAAACUCCGAAGCGUCUCGCAGCGACCCAAACGCGCCCAAAACGGACCCCAGCAGAACUCUUGAUGCCGAUGCCCUGCGCGCAUUGUUAACGGGAAUGACUGGCCCCUCGGACGCCGAGAUGAUGCUGAGGAAAAUGGACAUUAUCAUGAGCGAUCAGCAUUCCCUCGAGGACAAGGUGUCGGCAUUCGAUGACUUCGAGAUGCUCAUCGAGAACCUGGACAAUGCCAAUAACAUGGAAAACCUGGGCCUAUGGACCAAGCUGAUAGACCAGCUGGAGCAUGAGGAGGCCGAGAUACGCAAGUAUGCCGCUUGGUGUGCAGGCACGGCUGUGGAGAAUAAUGCGCGCGCACAGGAGAGGCUCCUCGUUGUCGGCGCGAUACCUACCCUCGUCAAGCUCGCAAUCGAAGACCCCAGCCGAGAGGUCCGAAAGAAGGCCGUUCGCGCCCUAUCUUGCGCAUCGCGGAAUCAUCAACCGAGUCUGGACGCCCUCCUGGAACAUGUACCAUCACAGUACAGGCCUGAGGCGAAACUAGACGCUGGAGAUAUGGCUGCUGUUGACAGUUUGAUUCACAGACUCAAAGCGGACGCAGAGAAGCCCCGUUGAGAUUAGGGGCCCACGCUUCCUUGCAUUCAUUGGCGUUCUGGCGCAUAUUUUCGGCAUUGGAGGGCUGGCUGCCCAUGUGCAUACGGGUUGCAUAUCAGGAUUUUGCUAAGGAGUACUGAACAUAAUCGUACUCGGAGCGUCGUUGACACCUCAACUUGGUUCUUAUUAUUAGAAGGCUCCUGGAUGCAUACACAGUAGACCGUCUCUACAGAUAUGAGAAAAGUGGGGUUGCUACAUCCGGUAAGAGUCAUCGCUCACCGGUAGUUCGCCGCCUUAUGUAAUCUUCCUAGGAGUCACUAUUCGUCGAUCACCUCGACUCCGAAGAUGAUUCAUCUACCAUCUCACUUCUCAUAUGGAUGCACCGUCCUCUUCAAUGUCAGAUUCAAAGUUCAC